AUGAUGGGUGACACAAAGAUCGCAGAGCUCACCUGUCCGAAGUCCCACGAGCUUGAAACCACCGCAGUAUCAAUCUGCGAGGUCGAACAUUUGUCAUCUUACAAUUGGAUUGAAGCACCCGUCCCCACUAUUGCUGUCCCGGGCAUCCCCCCACUAUGGUCAUCACCGAAGAUUGCUAAAAGGGUAGCAAAAGAUUCGGGUCUCAUAUACAUAGCCCAGAAUGCAGCUCGCCUUCCAGAAUGUCCACUUGAACCACUUUUUCGCGCUUUGUAUAUGACGAACCCUUCGUUCGAUAUUAAUUCUAUUGAUCUUGUGACUGAUCGAAAUAAUAUUCGGAAACUUUUGUCGUUUGUCAACUCAGACCCAGCAAAAAAAGGACUGGAACCUUUCACGAUCAACGUUGAAGUUGAGAACAACACUGCUAUUUUUUGUCGCACAGAGGCAGAGACCAAAAGAUACAUUGGGCCGGAUGAGUUUAUGGGAUUCGGUCACGAGUUCGAGAAGGCGUACACUACAAACCAAAUAUACGGCAGUACUGGACAUCACAGGAUCAUCUCAUAUCGGUUUGGUGAUCUGAGACUCAUGCUGCGCUAUGAAACAGACGGAUACGUUAAUGUACCCUCAAAUGCGGAUGCAGAACUGGGCCCACUAUCCAGUAUGAUAGAGUCACUAUCACUUGGCCCAACUAGUGGGCUUCCUCAUAUGGCCUCCACGGGGACCGCAUUAAGGAUCAAGAAAGAAGGUCAUAUCGUUCCAAUAGAAUCAACCCUCGAAAUAAAAACACGGGUCUUUCACAAGAAAAUCGACCUUCAAGAAAUUCUUCCGCAGUUGUGGGUAUCUCAAACCCCCAAUCUCGUGCGUGCCUAUCACAGAAACGGUUUAUUUGAGCUGCCAAAAGUUGAAGACGUGACGCUUGAGAUCAAGAAUUGGGAAAACGAACACCAAGAAGACCUCAUGAAGUUAGCUAUUAUAAUAAAAAGAAUCAUCGAUGUGGUAAAAAAGAACGGUGGGAAAGCCGUUGUCAAGUACGAUGGCCAGCAUGAUGAGCUAGUGGUCUGGAAAGCCGAAGAAAGGCAGUUAUUACCACAUGACAUUUAUUCCAAGUUGAAUAACCAGAAUGAUAAAUCAGCAGUCUCGGAAAUGAACACCAACUCAGCAAUUCGAUCAGAGAAGCCAGAGACCCAAAAGACGAAAUUGAAAAUUGGAGAUGUUUUAUACGAUAUCAAUCUUUCCAUGAUUCCGUACCUUCGUUCCUUCGUCGACUUCCAACGAAAAGCUCAAUCGCAGGUCUCAGAAUUUGAUCACGGUGCUAUUCCUUUGUUUGAUGUUGCGCUCAAAGGAUUUGAAAUGGGCUAUAGGCAUUGUUUUCGUUCAUUACCUGCUGAUGUUUCUCAGUAUCACACUCUUUGUGAAACAUAUGAUUUCCUCGGAGUCGAUGUGCUUGGACAACAAUCGAUCGAUGAUAUUUUUGUCGACCUCAGAGCCUGCAAAACCACUUAUGAGCUUGACUACAAGCGGUACCGAGCUGUUAAGGGAAAUAAAGCCAUAGCAAGAGAUGCAGCGUUUCGACUUAUGUUUUUGAUGACCAAUGGCAAGUUCCACGAUGGAAUCAAAGACUCCGCUAAAGUUUAUAAUGCUGUGCUAUUUGUCGUGUCACACCCAGGUACUUUCAAAUGGCGCACAAGAGCCCUUGUGCUUGCUGCAUAUAAGGAACGGUUUCUUAUCACAUCUAAGCAGAGAGCUCAGUUGGAUCAGUGGUGUCGAAGGGACAAUCAUGGAUCAGAUGAUGAGGGGACCACAGACGAGAAUGGCUCGGAGCCAUAUUACUCCGAUGGUUCCUAG